UGAGAGGAGGAACUGACCAUAUGGAUGCCAGUGAACUGUCUAUAGGAGUGAUCAUCUUGUCUCAGACUGUGAUUGGAGUUUUGGCUAAUUUCUUUCUCCUCUACCACUGUAUGAUUCUUUACUUAACAAGGUACAGGUUGAGGUCUAUAGACUGGGUUCUGAUGCACUUAACUGUAGGCAGCAUCUUUGCAAUCCUGUCCAAAGGCAUACCCCAGACAAUUGCAGCUUUUGGCUUGAAAGAUUUCCUCAAUGAUAUUGGAUGCAAAUUGACUUUCUCUUUUCACAGAGUAGGUAGAGGUGUUUGUAUUGGCAGCACUUCCUUUCUCAGUGUAUUCCAGGCCAUCAUCAUCAGUCCCAGGGAUUCCAGAUGUUCAAAGCUUAAAGUAAAAGUACACAAGUAUAUUUUUUAUUCUGUGUACCUGAACUGGGUGAUUUAUUUCAUUAUAAGCAUUCUUAAUCUUUUGCAUAUGAGGGCAAAAUAUAAAAAUGUAAGUACAAUAAACCUGAAAUCUUUUGUAUACUGCUAUUCUGUUCGUCAUGACCCAAUUAGUGACAUCCUGUAUGCAGCAUUGGUGUCAGGUCCUGACAUAAUUUUCCUAGGACUCAUGCUCUACACCAGUGGCUUCAUGGUUCUAACCCUGUAUAGGCAUAAGCAAAAGAUGCAACAAAUGCCCAGGAUGAAUGUUUCUUCCUUAUCCUCCCCUGCAUCCAGAGCCACCAAAACAAUCCUUCUCCUAGUCAGUACUUUUGUCUUAUUUUACGCAAUCUCUUCUCUAUGUCAGCUCUUAGUAGCCCUCUUGUAUAAUCCCAGCUUGAUCCUAGUGAAUGUGGCCUCAAUGACUGCUUCAUUUUUUCCCACUGUUUAUCCCUUUCUCUUCAUGAACCAUGACUCUUGGGCACUCAGUUUCUGCCUGCCCUUGAAAAGGAAUAGACAUUUUCCCAAAGCCUCUAGCCAAGAACUGAACUGA